AUGCAACAUUGCACAUGUCAAGUGCGUAAAAUACCUAAAUUCAAGCCGAGUGGCCUACACGCAUCUUAUAGAACAAGCUCACGGUUUACUGAGCUCUGUCUGCAGGGGCAAUAUUGUGACGCAGUCGUCAGAGUUGAGGAUGUGGACUAUAAAAUUCACAAGUUUGUCCUCUGUGACAGCAGUCCUUACUUCAGCCCGUUCUUCAGUCCCCGGUGGAACGCAGACACGAUGGUUUUUGACAUCCACGGCCUGUCUCCCGACAUCAUGCAGCUCAUCAUAGAGUUUGCAUACUCCGGCUCUGUUCUCGUGACCAAGGACAACGCAGAGGAGGUAACGCUAGCAGCCGACAUGCUCAAUGUGCAGGGUGUAGUGCAGGCCUGCUCCAACUUCUUUGGUGAGCAGCUCUGCCCAGAGAACUGCAUCGGCAUCUGGCAGUUCACACAUUUCUUCUUCCACCCUGAUCUGCAGCGCAAGGCCUGUCAUUACAUCACUGAGCACUUUGAUGAGGUGGUUCCCUGUGAGGAGUUCCUGCAGCUCUCUCUGCAGGAGCUUGCUGACAUCCUCGGUAGGGACGAGCUCAACAUGAGGAAUGAGAGCAAUGUGUUUGAAGCCAUCCUUCGCUGGAUUUCGCACAAACACGAAGAGAGAGAGAAACACAUGACUGUGCUUUUUUCGAAGUUUCGGAUGGCCUUGACAAGCACUGCGUACAUCUACAUGGAUGUGAUGACCAAUGAGCUGGUGAAGAACACUGAGUGCCAGAAAAUGAUCAGUGAUGCCCUCCAACUCAUACAGUACAUGAAAGAAGAACCCUCUUGUGCUCUACGCAACCCUCUCGCUCGUCCUCGCCUGCCCAGUGCCAUCCUGUUGGCCAUUGUAGGCUGCACGCACAAAAACCAGUCUGGAGGAAUUGUGGCCUACGAUGCUGGUGUCGACCGUUGGAUCAAAGUGGCAAAUACUCUGGGGCAUCCUUGGAAAAGUCACAGCACUGCUUUCCUCGGUGGGAAUGUGUACACUGUCGGGGGCUUUGAGGGCUUGUUGUGUCACAACACUGUGACCAGGUUCAAUCUGAGCACACGCACCUGGCAUGAAGUGGCACCAAUGUAUCACCGCCGCGGGGACUUGAGCGCAACAGUGUUGAACGGGUACAUCUAUGCCAUCGGAGGCUUUGAUGGCCUCAUUAAGCUCAGCAGUGCAGAGCGCUACAGGCCCAUAGACGACGAGUGGGAAGGCAUCGCACCCAUGUGUCAGCCGAGGAGCCAAGCCAGCUGCACAACACUGCACAACAAGAUCUACAUCUGUGGUGGAUAUGAUGGCCGAGAGAUCCUGCAGACAGCUGAAUGUUACAACCCAGAGACCAACCAAUGGAUAAUGAUCGCACCCAUGAUCCAGAGACGCUGUGGACAUGGAGUCAUUGCACAUGCAGGAUGUGUCUAUGCAGUUGGCGGCCAUGUGGACUACUACACCUUUCUAAGCAGUGCUGAGUUCUACGAUCCCAAAGACAACAGGUGGCAAUUGUUGUCCUCCAUGUGGACCAUCCGCAGCAGCUUCGGCCUCGGAGUGAUCAACGAGCGGAUCUAUGCUGUCGGUGGCCGCAGCCUCCUCAGAAGCACCAGAAGAGUUGAGUACUACGACAGAACAGUAGAUCAGUGGAUCCAGGCCUGUAACAUUGAGAAACCCAGCAGCAAAUUGAGCUGCUGUGUGGUGUCCGGGAUCCCCAACAUGGCUGAGUACGCCGUCCCUCGGGACUCUCUGCCGUUUGUCCUUUUGGAAGAAAGGACUUUGGCGUCAAGAGAUUCUGACUUUAGGGUAUCAUCACAGCAAACCUCGGCGGUUUUUCUCAGAUGCUUUGAUACAUUUCUCAACUCAUCCUUAAAAUUUGCAUUGUGGUCAUUUUUCAAAAAAGUUAGAAGUUCUUUUUUCUUUCUCCUCGGUGUUGUGGGACACUUGGCAUCCUUGACAGUAUUAGAUCAAUCAGUGAAUAACUAAUAAUCUAACUGCUCAUUGGUUGAUCAUUGGUUGAACACAUUCCUUUUCAUUUGUGAGGAUCAAUACACACAAGAUAGAGCCAUUUAUGAAUUCAGGUAGAAUGGUUGCCGUGGUGACUGGUUUUUAUUUGUCAAGGACAUGGGAUUUGUGCUUUUAUCAGCUAUUAUCAGUGAUGAGCAAGCUGCUUGGAAACUGUAGAGCAGCCAUUCCCAAACUUAAGAAUGCCAGGGUCCGAUUUGAAAUCUGAAAAUCCUCUGAAGCCCACUCAAACCUUGACUCUAAACAAAACAAGAGUAGGAUCAAUGAUUCCAAUAUAUAAUAUUGUUUUCAUGUGAACAUGAGGACACAACAAUUCUGAGCAGAUUAAUGAACUAGCAUAUCUUCCAACACCUGCAUGUGGUUAUUACAGCUGGGCUCCACGUAAUAUUUGAAAGGUUUAGUGUGUCAUUAUUCAUGUGGUGAGAGGGGCCUUGGUUAUGGAGGGCCUUGAACUGGAUGUGUUGUGAGAUGGGAAGCCAGUGCAGGCUCUGGAGGACGGGGUGACGCGAUCUCUGGAGGGUGAGUGAGUGAGUGAGUGAGGCAUGCAGCAGAGUUCUGGACAUGUUGGAAUUUAUUGAGGAUCUUGCUGGUGAACCGUAGAGGAUGCUGUUACAGUAGUUGAUUUUGAUUUUGGAAAUGAGGAAUGCAUCGAUCAGGAUUUCCGCAGCAGAGGAGGAGAAGCAGGCAAUAUUUUUGAGGUGGAAGAUGAUUUUAUUUUUGCUGAUGUCAUUGAUGUGGUUUUCAAAAGGGAGGUGGCUGUCAAAGAUGGCUCCACGGUUGUGGGUGUGUGGUGAGGGGUCAACUCAAGGCGGACUGGUUCUGAGUGAGGCAGAAAUUGUGGAAUAGCUGCUGUAGAGUUACUCAACUGUAGCUGACGCUUCACUACAUAGAAGAGCCGAGUUGCAGAAAUAUGGCAAACAUGGCCGACUAGAUCAGAAGCUAAGUCAAAUUAACUUCAUGCCAAGUAUUAAUAGUAAUAAUAAUACAUAUUGACCGACACAUAUUAUAAGAACCACAGUUUCAGUUCAGGCAUAACCUUAUACAAAUACUUCCUGUUGUGCUGUCCUUGCUCCACAAUGUUCUUAUGGAGCUGAACUUCUUUCAAAAUAAAAUAAAAAUA